AUGCUGCUGCCUAAAUAUUUCUUCUUGUCUUCUGGAACAAGGAUCCGGGUAGCCCUGGGUGAUUUCCUUCAGUUACCAUACUGGGCCAGGAAGUUUCAUCUAUCAAGAAUUAAACCAACAACCCUGCGAGUGUCUGUAUGUGAAGAGAAGGCGGAGCUGAAGCCGUCUAGUAUUUGGGACAGCUCUACUACACUCUACCUGCACAACUUGCUUCAAGCGUCUACACAAACGGAAGCUGUGCUGCUUGAACUGGAGUCAGACUCCACUUCUAUUGAGCUCUACCUGACCAUCAACAACAUCAAGACCUGUGUGAACGAUGACUUGGUGGCUAAGAGGUUUGCGUACUACAGCACACACCCUGCUGGCAGUAAUGGUCUGACUGGUGCAGACUGGCUUCCUGUCAGGCUGUCCUCCAGCGUCUUACCUCAGACCGCCUCCAAAUCAUCCAACAGACACAAGGCACAAACCGAGGAAGUCUCGUGUGACCACACGGUAACACAACAGAUCUCUGAUCCGGUGGGUGCAGGUGAUUGGCAGAAGGCUCCGUCUCCACCUCAGAGCCACCUGCCCGAGCUGGUUACCUGUGAUGCAGACAGCAGAUCGCUGGUUUUAACGGAAGUAACGGAUUCAAACGACCGACCCAGGAACAGUCUGGAAGCUGCAGAGACAAAAAGUGACUCAUCAGAGGACACCGACUCGUCUCUGGCUGCAGCUCUGACCAGAAACCUCAGUUUGUUCAGGUUCCAGAAGUUUCUGAACCCUGGCAGCAGCUACCAAGAUGCUCCCUCUGAUGUGGCUGCCUUCAGGCAGUCUCCAAUAAAUGGCAGCCCGUCCCUACAAAACUAUUUACAAACUAGCCGCGAUCUACCAAGUGAAGCUGAACAUGAUCUUCACAGCAGAGCAGGAGCAGAAGCAGGCGGGACGAGGAGGACUGAGGAGGCCCGGGUCUGUUCCAGUUUUUUGGACUGGUUGAACCCAGAAUCUUUCAACUCUGCAGAAGCUGCAGACGAUGCAAUUAGUCCCAGUGACCCUAGGAUGAGUGGGAUUCUGGUCCACUCAGCCCAUCUGGAGGAGCCCUGUAAUAACUUGGAAGACGCGCCCAUCACAGAUGUUCUCCGACAGGUGUUGCGGAAGAAAAAUUACUGCACUUUGUCUCCAGCUGAUUGUUACAGCUGGCCAGCUGUGGCUCGUGGAUACAACACUGUCAUUAUCUCCAACAAUGCAGCGCAGCCAAUUAGCUACCUUGCCCCCCUCCUCUCACACAUCCAACUGAACUCUAUCUUCACUUCCCCCACCUCUAGUUUAGGGCCGAUAGCAGUGGUGCUGUGUCCAGGCUGGGAGAGGGCUCAGGUGGUUUACGACAUGCUGGAGGAGACCAAAGUUUACCAAAUCCUCCACCCAGUCGUCAUCCUGCUGGGCGUGGGCAAGAACGAAGCUAAAGCUGCAAAAAUUCCACAAAACUGCCUUCUUUUAGUGACCAACCCCUUCACUCUGGUCCGUCUGCUGUCCUGCCACUGUUUCAUGUUCUUACGGAUGUACCACCUGAUUCUAGAUGAUGCUGAGGAGCUUUUUGCUCUUGCUCCUGAUCAGAUGGAAACCAUCUUGCAACAUUUCCAGAAGGUGACUUGCAGUGAGGAGCAGACGAGUCCCAGUCCCAAGCAGCUUGUUGCAGUGGCGAAACGGUGGACCGAUCACAUGGAGAGCCUGAUAGGCAGUCACAUGCCUUCACCAUACAUUAUCAUAAGUGUUCCUGAAGAAGCUGCCCUCUACGGGAAUGUACAACAGGCCGUCCUCAUGACAGUUGAAAGCAGCAAGGUGUCAUCACUGUUGGGUGUGUUGGAUUUCAGGCCUGCUGUUGGUCAGAAGUCGUUGAUUGUAACGAACUCCGCUCAAGAGGUGGAAGACGUGUUCAAGGCUGUUGGCAACAAAUCAGCCUUCUGUCUGAAGACCCAUGAAGGACUGGCUCACCAGUUUGAUCUUGUGAUGGAGCAGUGGAGGAAGGACAUUGGUCCUGGCACUCAUGUUAUUCUGGUUACCACCAAUGACUGUCUGAAGUGUCUUGGUAUCAAAGAUGCAACUUGUCUCAUCCACUACGGAUUUCCUACCUCUCCCAAAGUGUUUGGCAACAGACUCUUCUGCAUGAGUGAAAACUUCAGAAAUAUGUGUGAAGCGGUUUGCUCCCAGUAUCAACCAAAGGGGGACUCACAGCUCUGCAGGUCCGUCCUGCUGCUUUCAGAGAGGAACACCUCCCACGUUGUUGGAGUUCUGCGCUACGUGAAGCGAACCAACGCCCUGCUGCCCCCAGAACUCGUAGCCUUUGCUCAGGGGGUCCAUGAGGCCCGUGAAGACCAGAAGGUGGAUCGCGCCCUCUGUAGCUACCUGAAGAGUUUUGGAUUCUGCAGAGACAGCAGUGUGUGCCCGGCUCGCCAUCGAUUUAAUAUCCAGCUUGAUCAGUCGGUGCUCCCGGCAUCUGGAGUCAUUGAAGUUGUGCCUCUGUACGUGAAGUCGGCCUCGGUGUUUUGUGGGCGGAUGGUCAGGAAGGAUGACGGACGUUUUGACGUGAUGGCCUCUGAGAUGGCGUCUUAUUAUGCUGACAAGAAACCGGGAGCAAAGGAGCUGCUGGAAGGAGGUUUAUAUGCCGUGCAGGAGGACGAGGUCUUCCACAGAGUGAAGAUCCUCUCAAUCCCAGAUUACGGUGACAGCCUGUUUUUUUCUGUUCCCGUGAUCUUCAUCGAUGUUGGAAAAGAGGUUGAAGUUAAAUCUCAUCAGAUUCUUCAGCUCCCGGAACAGUUUCAGUCUCUGCCGGGCCAAGCCAUUGAAAUUAUAAUCUGCAGGGUAAAACCAGCUGAUGCCGAGAUGAACUGGCACCCUAAGGUCACCAGAACCAUCAGCCAGAAGAUCCAAGGUCUGCAGCAUCAAGCGAGAGCCGUCUUGAGUCUGGGAAACACGGUUUUUGUUGACCCUAUGGUACGAGUCACCCGGGUGCCGGGCAUGAAAACUUCCAUCAAUGAGUACAAUGUACAGUCAGAGAUUCUGAACACAGGGAUGGCAGUCAGCAACCCAGAACAUCUGGACCAGCUGAGAGCACUGUGUGCAGCUGUGGUUCACGCUACAAAAGAUGCAAGCGUGGAGAAGGACUCAUCAUCUUUGGAAGUCGGGACCAAAACAGAGGACACGGUCAGAGCUGCUGAGGAUGCUCUGACGUCCACACCCAACUCUCCUGUCAGUCUGAAAUCUUCAACAAAUCAUUCCACCGUUGAGAUGCCCCCACUCUCAGUCUGUGAUCAAAAUUUGAAGGUACACAUACAGACCAGCAGCCAGAGAGACCUGGACACUGCAGAGCUGACGCAGAGGAAGCUGCAGACACCUUCAGCUCUGCAGGGGAGCUUUCUGAACUGCUCUUUCUUUUGUGACCGUUGUGGAAGCGUGAAGGGUCAGGUCUACAAACUGGACCUGCAGCUUCACCAGAAGAUAGCUGCCGACCUUUGCCACCUGGAAAUGAAGUCCUGCGAACCGGUUCUGAAACUGGUCAAACAGCGGCAGGGAUACUGGGACCAGCUCGUCACCAAUAAGAAUAUUUUUGUGAGUUACAACAUGGAGCACAUUGAUGACGAAGACAAAGUACUAAAUGGUGUGGGCUUUGUGGAGGACACGGGAGAAGACAACUGGUAUGUGAACUCGGAGAGCGGCAGCGAGAGCGACUGA